AUGGCUCUUGCCGGGCUCCAGCGGCAGAGUUGGAGCCACGGGGGGGUACAGGAGGGGCCCCCUCGGCCCAGGCGCUGGGGGGGGCGGCUCCCCCCGGGGACAUCCGUGUGCCGGCCCACUGUGGCGAGGUGUGUGACGCCAGAAGCGGAGCCGAGCCUCAUAUUUGGGCACGAAGCAGGUUAUUGGAGGCCGUGGCCCCGCAGCUGGGCGAUCCCCCGGCUGAUAAAGGCUCCCCUGGUGCUGCCGCCUGCACCGGCUCCGGCGCUGCCGCUACAUCAUCCCCUGCCUGCGCUGGGGGUGCGGGACCUGUCGGGGAUGGGGCCGGUCGGGGCGCUGGGGCUGCUGCUGUGCCUGCAGCUGUGUGGGGGCUCCGGGCAGCUGCGGCUGGUGGGGGGCGGCGGGCGCUGUGCCGGACGCGUGGAGGUGAAUCACGACGGUGAGUGGGGCUCCGUCUGCGUCUUCGACUUCCAGUUUAAAGCCCAAUGGGCCACCGUGGUGUGCCGGCAGCUGGGCUGUGGCCGCGUGGCCUGGUCGUCCCCGUUCGCCCCGUUCGGGCAGGGCAGCGGCCGGAUCUGGCUCCAGCCCUACUUCUGCCGCGGCACCGAGGAGGUGCUGGAGGACUGUCGGCACUUCAGAUGGGGCCAGCACCGCUGCGGCCAUGAGCGGGACGUGGGGGUGAUCUGCACAGAGUCCAUGGAGCUGAGGCUGGUGGGCGGCGGUCCCUGCGCCGGGAGGGUGGAGGUGAAGCUGCGGGGACACUGGGGCUCAGUGGGAGAUCGCAACUGGUUCAUGGAGGACGCUGAGGUGGUGUGCCAGCAGCUGGGCUGUGGCUCGGCUGCCGGCGCCUACUCUGCCCGCAACCGCUUUGGCACUGUAGCUGGGCCCAUCAACCUGGCCAUGGUGGACUGCAAGGGGGACGAGGCCACACUGUGGGACUGCAAGAUCCGCGGCUGGGGACCAUACAACGGUAGCCAUGAGUUCGACACUGCUGUCAUCUGCCAAGGGUUUUCCCGGCUGGUCGGAGGUGACAGAGCCUGUGCCGGGCGGUUGGAGGUGCGGCCGCGCCAGGCCUGGGUUGGCAUCUGCGCGGAGCACGUGGACAUGAAGGUGGCCCAGGUGGUGUGCCGGGAGCUGGGCUGCGGCGCGGCGCUGGCCAUCUCCGGCAGCAGCCAGUUUGGGGCAGGAACGGGGCCGCUGUGGGAAGGGGGGUUCAACUGCAGCGGCACCGAGCCCCUCCUCAGCGCCUGCGGCCGGCGGGUGCCCCACGGCCGGGGCUGCGCUGGCCACGCCACCAUCAUCUGCUCCCCCUACACGGGCUUCCGGCUGGGGAACAGCAGCUCGGGCUGUGCUGGGCGGGUGGAGGUGGCGGUGAGGGGCACGUGGGGGUCCGUGUGCGCCACCGACUGGGACCUGCCCGAUGCCGACGUCCUGUGCCACCACCUGGGCUGUGGCCACGCCGUCACCGUGCCCCCGGGAGGCUCCUUCGGCAGUGGGGACGGGCCGCUGAGGCCGGACGCCUUCGGCUGCAGCGGGAGCGAGCGGCACCCGGGCGAGUGCCCCGUGGCGGUGCUGGGGGAGCCCCCCUGCAGCCCGGGGAACGCCGCCGCCGUCAACUGCUCAGGCAUCGUCAAUUCCCUGCGGCUGGUGGAGGGUGAGAGCCGGUGCGACGGGUGGCUGGAGUUGGCCAUAAGCCCUGGGGUCUGGCGCCGUGUGCCAGGAGAGGUUUUGGCUGAACGGAAUUUCGGUGUGGUGUGUGGGAGGCUGGGCUGUGGUGGGCUGGACAGGAGCGAUGCUGUCGUUGGUACGGUCCCCGUGUGGAACAUGAGCGAUUCGGAGCAGAAAAUUACAAUAGAAGUGGUCCACACUCUCUGGAAGAUGACCAACCAGGAGAUGCCUGUCUGGCUAAACGACUUAAUAGUCUGGAACAUGACCACCGGGCCAACCGACAUCCCUCAUGGGGCAGCCAUCGUCUGCUCAGGCAGCCGGCGGGUGAGGCUGGCGGGCGGUGCCGGGCGCUGCGCCGGGCGCGUGGAGGUCUAUGCCGGUGGCACGUGGAGCAGCGUGUGCCAGGAGCGCUGGGACCUGCAGGCCGCCGCCGUUGUGUGCCGGGAGCUGGGCUGUGGCGCGGCGCUGGAGGCCCCCGGCUCGGCGCGCUUGGGCCCCGGGCCGGGCAGAGCGUGGCCGUACGUGGUUGAGUGCGCCGGGAGCGAGGAGUCUCUCUGGGAAUGCCCACGCUCGGAACGGCGCGAGUGCGAGUGCGGGGCCGGGGCCGGGGCCGUGUGCUCAGAGCAGCUCUCCCUGCGGCUGGCGGGCGGGCGCGGGCGCUGCAGCGGGUACCUGGAGCUGCUCCACGACGGCACCUGGGGCCGCGUGUGCGCCACCGGCACCGGCCCCGGCACCGCCGCCGCCGUCUGCCGGCAGCUGGGCUGUGGGGACGGGGGGCAGCUGGCACCCGCCCCCGCCCAGCAGCCGGCCCCCGCCUGGCUGGCCUGGGUGGGCUGCGAGGAGGGGGCCCGCUCGCUCUGGGGGUGCCCCUCGGCACCCUGGCACCUGCAUUCCUGCGGCCCCGGAGGGGACGCCUACGUGGUUUGUGCGGAGGACAGUGACAACCCCAGCGAGACAGCCACCACCCCGUGCCCGGACGGGGCCACCUGCACAGCUGUCCCCAGCAGCAGCGGCCCUGCGGUGGCCAGGGGGACUGUGCCGGUGGCGGUGGUGCUGUGCGUGGUCCUGGGGACGCUGCUGUGCCUGGCCCUGGGCGCCCUGGCCGUGCUGAUGUGCCGUGCCCGCGCUUGGCGCCGAGGCGCCGGCAGAGCCGUGGGUGCCAUCCCCGACGCCAUCUACCAGGAGCUGGACUACAGCGCGAUAUCGGAGUACCAGGAGGUGCCCAGUCACCCAGGUUCCCCGCGGGAGGGCUCAGUGAAGAAGCUGCUGUAUUAUACCGGGGACAGCGUGGAGGGGAGCGACAGCGGGGCAGCCCCAGUCCCAGCCCCCCCUGCCCUGCCUGGGCACGGAACCCCAGAUGGCUACGACGAUGCCACAGCAGGAACCUCGGAUGGCUACGACGAUGCCACAGCAGGAACCCCGGAUGGCUACGACGAUGCCACAGCAGGAACCUCGGAUGGCUACGACGAUGCCACGGCUGGAACCCUGGAUGGCUACGACGAUGCCACGGCCGUGCCAGAGGAGUCUUCCGCUCCCAGCACUGGGGCCAUCUCCGAGGGAGUGGCACAGAGGGGCUGGAUCUGUGUCCCACUCACAGGUAAGAGGGACCACAGCUGCCCUGUCCCCCCUGCAGAGCCACUCCACAGGGGUUUGGCUGCGGUGGCGAGCUGGGAUCCAGCACCAGAUCCACAGGGGCUGCAGAAACACAGAAACACCCCAGGUGGGAGCUGCCCCCCUCCAAGUCCCCCCGGAGCCACAGGGGACUCUCCGGGACAGCCCCCGGGGCACAUGGACUGUGAUGAUGUCGGCACCGGCGCCCUGGGGACGUCGCAGUGA